AUGUUUCCUAAAGGUUUCUUCAGAAGAACACAACUUCGCAUAUUGAGCAAGCAAACGAUAUCAGAGCGACGACACAUCACACCGAUUCGAGCCAUCUACUCUACAAUACGAACAACUCCAAGAAGAGCAGCAACUCCAAGAAGGGAAGCGUCUCCAAAACGCGCAGCAUCACGAAGACAUGCAUUGACUCCAGCAAGCGGAGCAACUCUAAGAAGCAGAGCGUCUCCAAAAAGCGACGCAACACGAAGACAGGCAUUGACUCCAGGAAGCGCAUCAACUGCAAGACACGCACUAACUUCAGGAAGCGCAGCAACUCCAAGAAAGGCUGUAACUCUAGCAAGCGUAGCAAUUACAAGGAACGCAACAACUCCUGGACAACGAAACAACUCCAUGAAAACACAGCAACUCAACGCAGCAACUCCAAGAAGCAAAGCGUCUCCAAACAGCGCAGCAACACGAAGAUAUGCAUUGAUUCCAGGAAGUGGAGCAUUUCAAGAACCAAAGCGUCUCCAAAAAAGAGAAGCAACACGAAGACAGGCAUUGACUCUAGGAAGCGCAUCAACUGCAAGAAACGCAGUAACUCCAGCAAGCGCAGCAACUCAAAGAAACGCCGUAACUCCAGCAAGCGUAGCAACUCCAAGAAACGCUGUAACUCCAGCAAGUGUAGCAAGUACAAGGAACGCAACAACUCCUGGAAAACGAACCAACUCCAUAAAACACAGCAACUAUAGAUUGAAAGCGCAUCAAGUCUAUGGAGCGCAACGAGCGAGGGCACGCAGGCAGGCAGAAAGAGUUGACUACGUGGCACCAAGGAGACAACGGGAAAGGCCACCAGCGAGGGGUGCUAACAGGAGGGCCGAGGUGCAGAAUGCCCUGCAAAAUGCUGGCAACAGGGACAACUCUCCACCACGACCAGCACCACCAGAAGUACCAGCCCGGUAG